AUGUCCUUCUUUUUGGAACAUAAUAUAUUUACAGAUAACGAUAAAGGUGUUAAUGAUAAUAGUUUGGCGAAAAAAGGGAAAGAGGACAGUAACAGCCUUGAUCUUAAAGCCAGCAUAAAAAAGCUCGACACCUUAUUGGAAACGGUCGAAGAACUUCGUGCGUCAUUUAUAAGUGUAUGUGAUUACCUAGGAGAGUUAUGUAACUCAGGCCAGUUUCAAGAUAAUGCAGAAACAUUGGAACGCGAAAAACGUGGAGAAAAGUUUAUUACUCCGUCGUUUGAUGUAGACAGAUUUAGCAGAAUGAAUGAUUCAUGUUUGAAUACAAUGGAUAAGUUUCUUCACUUAAUAGCGUCAAGUGGAGAGGAAUUGGAAUAUGCGCGGAAAAUUGCUUCAGCUUGGGCUGAUAAUUCAUCAAUUCCAGUAAAAAAGUACGAAUAUUCAAUAAGGUUUUUGGCGAUGAGUAUUAACGGGAAUUCUGGUGAAAUAAUAAACUAUAAAGAAGACGUACAGAAAAGUAGCCAACAAGCAGCAAAUUUAUAUACUAAAGAGAGUGACAUAUAUUUUAAACGACGCAAAAAAGAUGGAAUUUUCGGGGCUACAGAAAUAUAUGAUGCUAGUAAACUCAAUAGUGCAAUUGAUGAUUGGUUGGUUGAAGCAAAGCAAAGACCUUACCAUGUCGAUAUCGAGAAAGUUGAAUGUGACCCAUCGGGAAGGCCAUCGGGUUUAGUGGUAUGA